AUAAAUAGACAUAGAUUAGUGUGGGAGGAAAAAUGCGAAAAAAGAUAAACGAGAGCAACUGAAUUUCCUUUCCGGAAAACGCAAGGGUUGUUUUCAAUUGAUUCUUAUUUUUAUACGAUAAGCACUAAAUCAGACUGUUCUGGUUCUCGCCGCCGAGACAGUAGCGAGUGACCACGCUGGCGUAACACCAACGCCACUCACUUCUUCGUUCUUUAGUUUCCUCGUUCAGCGAUGCCUCCACAAGACCACCACCAGCCGCUGUUAGCGGAGGAGCAGGAAGAGACUGCGUACGAUUCCGCGGACAAGGUCGUGGUGGUCGGAAUCGACGAGCAGGAGGGUGACGAGGCGCUGCCGUUCUCAUGGCGGAAGCUGUGGCUGUUCACGGGGCCGGGGUUUCUGAUGAGCAUCGCGUUUCUGGAUCCCGGGAAUCUGGAGGGGGAUCUUCAGUCUGGUGCCAUUGCUGGGUACUCCCUCUUGUGGCUCCUCAUGUGGGCCACUGCUAUGGGCCUCCUUAUUCAGCUUCUCUCGGCCCGCCUUGGCGUCGCCACUGGGAGACACUUAGCUGAACUGUGCAGGGAAGAGUAUCCUGCAUGGGCUAGGAUUGUGCUCUGGCUUAUGACUGAAAUCGCUCUUAUUGGCUCUGACAUUCAGGAGGUUAUCGGGAGCGCUAUUGCUAUCAAGAUUCUCAGUAAUGGCGUCGUUCCCCUUUGGGCUGGGGUCGUAGUUACAGCUUUAGAUUGUUUCAUUUUUCUCUUUCUUGAGAACUAUGGUGUGAGGAAACUGGAGGCGUUUUUCGCUGUUCUGAUUGCUGUAAUGGCUCUGUCGUUUGCGUGGAUGUUUGGUGAAGCAAAGCCCAAUGGUGUUGAUGUUCUUGUUGGUAUUUUGGUUCCUAAACUUAGCUCCAGAACUAUACAACAAGCUGUUGGAGUUGUGGGUUGCAUUAUUAUGCCUCACAAUGUGUUUUUGCAUUCUGCGCUUGUUCAAUCUAGGCAGGUUGACCCCAGCAAGAAAGGCCGUGUUCAGGAAGCUCUUAAUUACUACUCGAUAGAGUCCACCAUCGCCCUGGCGGUGUCCUUUGUGAUUAAUAUAUUUGUUACAACUGUGUUUGCCAAGGGCUUUUAUGGUACUGAAAUAGCAAAAAACAUUGGUCUUGUAAACGCAGGUCAGUACCUUCAGGAGAAGUACGGGGGUGGACUUUUCCCCAUCAUGUAUAUAUGGGGUAUUGGGUUGUUAGCAGCCGGCCAGAGUAGCACAAUUACUGGUACAUAUGCGGGACAAUUUAUCAUGGGGGGUUUUCUGAAUUUAAGGUUGAAAAAGUGGGUGAGGGCAUUGAUUACUCGAAGUUUUGCAAUCAUCCCAACAAUGAUAGUUGCUCUUAUAUUCGAUACCUCGGAGGAGUCAUUAGAUGUUCUGAACGAAUGGCUUAAUGUUCUCCAAUCAGUUCAAAUCCCAUUUGCACUCAUUCCCUUGCUUUGCUUGGUGUCCAAAGAACAGAUAAUGGGCAGUUUCAGAAUUGGCCCUGUCCUUAAGAUUAUUUCCUGGCUUGUGGCUGCUCUGGUGAUAGUGAUAAACGGCUAUCUUUUGGUGGAAUUCUUCUCCUCUGAAGUGAAUGGAGCAGUGUUUGCAGCUAUAGUGUUUGUAUUAACAGCUGCAUAUGUUGCAUUCGUACUUUACCUUAUUUCACGAGCCAUUACCUAUACACCAUGGCAACGUUUAACCGGAUCUAAGACAGUUGCUACCGCAGAGAAUUGAGCAGUCGUUCAAGUUUCACAAGUAAUUUUCCUCUAUUCUUUAAGGCUCACUCGUGCUUGUUAUUUGUAAAAGAACUUGCAACUGGAUGCACGGGGCACAGGAACCUUGGUUGUCAUACUUCAACAAAACAAAACGAGUCGGAGUUUAUGUAUCUGUAAUUCUGUCAGAACUCUAUGUAUAAAUGCAGCUGUAAGCAUACCUUGGAUGUUGAGAUAAUGUAGCUGAGACAGUUUGUAGAACUUUGAUGUUCAAGCAAAUAGUUCCCUUCAUUGUU